AUGGCGCAUUUGCUAACAGUUGCGAUUGUGGCCGCUUUACUAUUGGCCGGUAUUUCACUCUAUCGUUAUGGCAACAUUCCUCGUCAACAUAUUAUGGUCACGUUAUCUGUACUAAUGGCAUGGUGCUUUUCCUUUCUAAUAGUGUUCACAAUCCCAUUUGAUGUCACAAAUACUCUGUACAGGCAAUGCUUACAGGAGCAUAACGAUAUCGGGAUGUCUUUCACAACUACAAACUUCAACAGUUCCCACAUUGAAAUUAUUCCGGUUGCGGGCACUGAGUGCCAAGCACCCUGGGGCAUGAUUCCCGAUUCUGUUUUUCCAAAUUUGUGGCGCAUAAUCUAUUGGACCUCACAAUUCCUUACCUGGUUAAUUAUGCCUUUGAUGCAGUCCUACUUAAAGGCUGGUGAUUUCACCAUUAAAGGCAAACUUAAAUCUGCGCUUGUUGAGAAUGCCAUAUAUUACAGCUCUUAUCUGUUCAUUUGUGGGAUUUUGCUGAUAUACAUAGCAGCGAAAGGUGUCUCUUUAGAUUGGCAGAAGCUCAAAGCUAUAGCAUCUUCGGCAUCAAACACCUGGGGGUUGUUUCUGCUGGUGUUACUACUAGGGUACGCGCUUGUUGAAGUGCCACGUUCACUGUGGAACAACGCAAAGCCUGGCUUCACCUUACAGUAUGCAUAUUUUAAAGCUGCCAAACUCAGUUCAGACAAGGCAGAGGCUGAGGAGAAUGUAGACGAUGUUCUCGAAUCCUUGCAGGGUAUAAGUCGCGCUGUUCCUAACAAUCACGAAUUACGUCCCUGUGUGGAAACUAUAUUACGAAAAGUACCAACUGAGCUACUGGAACGCGCUGUACGCAACUACUCACGAGGUGGUGGAAAUGGGGGCACCUCCACGAUUGUUCCUUCCGAGAGGGCUUUGGUGCGCAUCCAUAAACAAGUAAUAAAAUCAUUACAGACCUUACAACGUAGCGAAUCUCUUUGGAGCGUGCAAGUGCAAACUGUUCUGCAUCUGGAAGAUGUAUCACGCAAUAUGCACUCGGCUGAUCGACGAUUCAAAACCGAGUUCCCGUCUCCUAAGACACCAUUAGGUAGCGCUCUCUACAGCCCAACACUGCACUGGUAUUGGGAGUGUUUAUGCAAAGCACCAUUUUUAAAGGUUCUUUGCGUGUUGACUGCGAUUAUGUCAUUUAUGGUCGUAUGGAGUGAGCUUACAUUUUUCAACCGACGACCAGUGCUCUCCAUAUUCGCAAAUGUGAUUAAUAUGGCCAAGUAUAGCUACGACUUUUUUACUAUUGAGCUAUUUUCAAUGAUCGUGCUUUGCUACCUCUUUUAUUGCACUUACUCUACGAUUCUCCGUAUACGUUUCCUUAAUCUUUAUUACCUGGCUCCUCAUCAUCAGACAAAUGAGCAUAGUUUAAUUUUUAGUGGUAUGUUAUUAUGUCGACUGACCCCUCCGAUGUGUCUAAAUUUUCUCGGACUGAUACAUAUGGAUUCACAUAUAAUCAAAGAGCGCAUUCUCGAAACAUAUUAUACCCAAAUAAUGGGUCAUAUGGACGUUUUGGGCAUUAUCUCGGAUGGCUUUAAUAUUUACUUUCCCAUGUGUAUGUUAGCUUUCUGUCUGGCUACUUGGUUUAGCUUGGGAAGUCGAGCAUUGAAUGCCAUGGGCUUCCAACAAUUCCUUCAGAAUGAAACAAUUGCCACUGAGUUGGUGCAAGAAGGCAAAGAUCUGAUUGCUCGGGAAAAACGUCGUAGGCAGCGCGCCGAGGAUGCCAUGUCGAGGCGGAGGGAUCCCACAUCUGUGACAAACGACUACAUUGCAAAAUAUCGUAACAUAGGGGGGGUUGGCACGCAAGUCGGCGCCGUUGGCCACUUACGUUCACCAACAGAUGGGCUGUUGGGUGAUGGAGAGAGUUUUAGCUAUGCGACUGUUUCGUCGUCAAACAAUCGUGCUCCAACUUUGGGAGUGCCGCGCAGUCUAUCAGAAGAGAUCAACGAACGCUUUGGGGUGAGUACGAAUGUGGAGAUAGGUUUUAAAGGCACCACAGAUCACUUUGGCAAUACGGGGGGAAGCCUCGAUGACUAUGGCGAUGCUACAGAAAGACGUAUAGGCUCACCACCACGUGGUCUCUUCGACGACGUCUGAACUCAAACAGAGCUGAUAAUGAUUAUUAAGAAAUAAUACCCAGUAAAGUUGUAUUUAUUGAAAACGAAAUCACAAAGAAUUAGUUUUUCUGUAAGUAGGUUGAGGUAUAUAAAACUAAGGACUAUUUUCAUUAGCAAACUCAUCUAAAUUAAAUGACUUAUAUAAGCUCAGAGUAUAAUUAGAGAUUGAUUUAGUCCACACACAUACAUUUUUGAUUUUCAACCUUUUGUUGUAU